AGGACCCAGAGGAGACCUGCAGCAGGGAGCAUGCGUGGCUGGUAAACAUGGCGGACCAAAACAAGACAGACACAGAAGGGAAGUUCUUCAGUGAAAUAUUAAGUCCAUCUGAACUGUUCGCUGCUCGGUCCAGGAGUCACAAGAUCCCUGUCAGAGGACAGAAGGACUUCUUCCCCAAUGACUCAGAGGAGCAAAGACAGCGGCUUGAGCAGAGUCUGAAUGAGCACUGGAGCCUCAUAUCAGAGGAGAGAGUGGAGAAGCUAGGAAACCUAGUGAAGGCCACGUGGAUUCCAAGUGAGCAGAAAGUGGAGCUUCAGUCUCCAGCUGGAAAGUUUUGGCACACGAUGGGCUUUUCUGCCAGCGGCAAGCAGUAUCUCCUCCCUGAAGAGGCUCUCUACCUGAUGGAGUGUGGAAACGUGCAGGUGUUUUACCAGGACCUGCCGCUGUCCAUCCAGGACGGGUAUGAGAAAUUUCUGUCCGCGAGCUCAGUGAGCCUCCAGCAGUAUCAGGUGUUCGGGCAUUUGAAGAGGCUUGGCUAUGUGGUGCACAGAUUCGAUCCCAGUUCGGAGCCAUCGUCCUACGCGAGGCAGCUGAACCUGCCUCAGUCACGUGACAGAGCAGGGAGACAACUAAAGAGGAAGCGCAGCCCCAGCCCCUCCCCCAUCCUCCCAGCAACAUCCAGUCGUACUGUAGUACAAGAAGAAUCCACAGCUGACAGAAUGGAGGAGGAUGAAUCUGAGCCACAACUGAACACGUCUCCGGGGACUUCAGGGACCCAGACUAGCUCUGUUCAGCAAGGUUCAGCAGACAAAAGCGGGGGGGGCAGGAACUGGUGGAUGACUGAUGUUCCCGGGGACCGAUCAGAUCACCAGGCCGCCCCUGGUUCCUCACGCUGGGACUUCAGCUCCAUCGCUUUUCCUGACCUGGGCUCCAAGGAGCGCCUCUCCAGCUCCCUGGUCCCUCCAAACCCCUCUCUGCUCCCUGGGUCUUUGGCUGUGGGAGUGUGUGACGUCGCCCCCUGGAGGCAGAGAAUAAACCUACGGAAGGUGAAGAUGUCCUCAAAGGAGCAGAAGAGGGAAGAGGACAAGCGAAGGCGCCGGUGGGAUGUCGACAGAGAGGUUCGGCAGUGCAAAAACUGGGCAGAGUAUCGGGAGCUCAUGGCGAGGCGGCAGCGGAAGCGUAAAGGCCGACCAGCACACCUGUGGAACAGGGAAGUCACUCCUUUACAUGACCCAAGACAACCAAUCCCCACUGGGAAGCUUUUGGAGAAAAUCAGCGUGAUUAAAUCUACACAUUUGCUCGAGGGAGCGUCCAGUUUACAAGGGUCCGAUGAGUGGAGGAUUUGUUUCAAUGUUUACCAACCUGACACGGUGGCUGACUUCAAGAAGAGCAACCCGGGGAAACCUUACUCCCGCAUGUGUGUGUGCAGCUUCGACGGCCCUGUGCCUGACCUGCGAGCUCUCAAGCUGCUGGCCUUCCAGAGUGGAGACAUCCCAGUGGUCUUUGCUGUGGUGGACCACGGAGACAUCUCCUUCUACACCUUCAAAGACUUCCAGCUGCCCACUGAUGUGCACCCCUAACCUCGCUGCUCUUUAACAUCACUUUAGAUCAAGUACCAACACUUAUCCAGGACUUUAUAAAACUGAAAUGAAGUUAAUCUGCUUCUGGUGGGAAAUGAAAAUAUGGUACAUCCAAACCUUGAUGUUACAGAUGGUAAGUUAGGAAGGGGCUUCCAUCGCUGUAUGCCACUGUGUCCUUUUUGAUACUACCUCUGAGCCGUGCCAAAGUUUUUAAAUUCUAGAGGAUUUAAUGCACCAGUGACAAAAAGUGGUUUCAUCAGGGUCUGGGCUUUGUUUUCACGUUUGACAUAGUGCUGUUAGAGAGAAACUGUAUUUUUCCUUAUUCAAUUUUGGCUGACCAGACUUUUUAUUGUUUAUUUAUUUUCAAAAACAACAAGAUCGAUUGAUUACUUUAUUGCUAGUGGGAAAUAACUCGUUGCUACAACAACAAUGCCACAAAAAGUAUGUUUUUAUUUAAAGAUAAACUCAGUUGUAGCACUCAGUGCUACCACCACAUUUCCCUCCAGCCCCUUAUAAACGCACUUAUGAGUUGAGUUUCAGAACAUCAACGGUGAGUUGGGAGGAAAAUGUUGGAAGUUGAGUGCACUACAAUUCGCAUUCUAAGUUAGAAGUUAAGAAUAAUUUGUGAAACUACUAUUCACAAGAUUAAGAAAUUUGAAGUGAAAAUAAAACAUUUCCAACGAGACUUACUAUGUUUAUUGUACAGUUGGUUACAUCAUCUCACCCCAUGGUCUAUUAGUAGGUGUUCUGGAGCUCUCUAUCUGUCCACAGCAGAUGAAGUUUGCCCGAUGGUCAUGGAAUUGUAUAUUUUAAAACGUCUCUUACCACUACUUUGUGAUUAUGUUGGUUUCGGGCUAAAGUCACACUAUGGAAAAUGUUUUCUCUUUGACUGUUGCAUGCAAACACAGAGUACUGGGUAUUUAACAUAUUGACAUGGACAGCUGAGAUAUUGAUGUAACUGUUAACUUCUUUUUAUGUGCAGGUUUUGUUUUAAUUUUCUAAUUAAAAAACCUGGAAUCAUU